UUCCUCUGACUUUUCAGAAAAAGGAGAAAGUGCUUCAUGUCUUGGCGUGAACUCCUUCCCCCUUGGCUGGUGAUCGUAGCAGGACUAACAGGCAUCGUGCUACUUUGUGUCUCCACUAAAGAUGUGCCCGCCACCCCUCUCAGGACCAAGUAUGGCAUUGUUCUGGAUGCUCGCCCAUCCCACACCAUCCUGUUCAUCUACCAGUGGACUGCCAACAAAGCAAACAACACCGGAGUGAUCAGGGAAUGCAGCUCCUGUACUGUGCAAGGUCCUGGAGUCUCCAACUACUCAGAUUCUCCUCAGAAAGUAGGGAAGAGUUUGGAGCCAUGCUUGCACUGGGCCCAGAGAGAGAUCCCGGCAGAGCAGCACAGCCAAACCCCCCUCUACUUGGGAGCAACUGCCAGCAUGAGGCAGCUGAACCUCACCCAUCCCACCCUCUCUGAUGCUCUCCUUGCGGCCCUGACUGUUGCCUUGAGGUCAUCCCCCUUUGACUUUCAGGGGGUGCAAAUCCUGUCCAGCCUGGAUGAGGAAGCAUUCAACUGGGUUACUGUUAAUUACAUCCUGGAAAACUUCAUUAAGUACGACUGGCGAGGACAGUUGGUCCACUCUAGGAAGGAGACAGCAGGAGUCCUGUCCUUCAGCGGAACCUCAGCACAGCUCACUUCCAUGAUGGAAGAAAAGAACCAGGUACCAAAAGGAGGAGUGAUGCUGCAGCUGUAUGGGCAAACAUACACAGUGUACACUCACCAGUGCCCCUGCCAUGGCACAGACCAGCUCCGCAGCAGGCUGCUCUCCAUGCUCAUACAAGAUCAGAGAAAUGUGAAAACUGUAUCUAACCCCUGCUGGCCCCUCACCUACUCCCAGGAAGUGCAAUGGCAUUCAGUGCAUGCUGGGCCCUGUGUUGUCAGUGACGACACAUUGGGCAUCCCCAGCCCUGAAGAUAUGUUCAAUGUCACCGGCUCCAGCAAUUCUACUGCCUGCAGGAGACUUGUGCAAAGUCUGCUCAACUCUUCUUCUUCCUGUAGCUUCUUCAAGCAUUCUCUCAGCAGUGUCUUCAAGCCCCCCUGGACCAGGUUUCUGGUCAUUUCUGAGGCCCUGGACUUCCUGAGAGAGACUGUACCCUCUCCUGAUUUGAGUCAGGCAGUCAACAAGCUUUGUGGGAUGUCUGUCAAAGAGCUAGCGAAGGAAUCCCAGACAAGUCUGGAUACACUUGCUGAUUACUGCGCUGUGUCCACCUUUAUCUUUCAUCUAAGUACAAAGGGAUACACGUCUGACUUUCACAGCUCUGCUCAGACUGAGCUCCAGGAGAAGAUUGGUGACAUAUCAUCUGGCUGGACUCUUGGAUACCUACUGAGUCUGACCAACACCAUCCCCCAGGACAACCCAAGCUUCCUCAAGGGGAUUGAACCAGGAGUCUGGUCUUUGCUCCUCAUCCUCUUUGUUGUGCUACUCACUGGCUCUUUCAUGCGCAUUUCAUACCGAGUGAUGGUCAAGGAAAACAGUUUCAGUAACAGAAACAGCAGUGUUUUUGAUGACAACUGACUGUUAUUCCAGGAGUGGAUGCUCUUAGGAGAGGGCAGUUAACAAGGUACAAAUAAAAAAUACACAGGUGUACCUCGAUGGAAGAUGCAAGGGAUUUUCCUACAAGACUCUAGAGCCUCAGUGCCUUAUUUCAACCUGCUAGCACUUGCACUACAUAGAUACAUAGAUACUGUUGUACAUAAAUACAACAGAUGUUGCUCGGUAGGAAGCCUGAGAUUUCCGGUGGAUGGCAAGCUAUAUGUUCUCCAAAUGAUCAGCUUGCACAAAUCUAAGGCUGCAACUAAGAUUACCAGUGUUCACACAAUGGAACCAUACAUUGAGCAGGCUGUAAAACUGUACUGUAAAGUUAAUAUUCAAUACUCUUACCCAGUCAAGUGAGGUGGUUUCUGGAAAAGGUGCUCUGUCUCUUCUCUGACUACAGAAGAGAAGAUUCCUGCAGUAUCUGCAGGAAUGAAGACUGAAACAGCCUUAAAAUACAGUCAGAAUAUAACAGCUAACUUGCUUCCCUGUUCUAGAGAAAAAAAGCAAAUUUUUUUUUCCUGCUACUGCUGAUCUGUUUUUCUAUCUUAGCAACAGGAUGCAUGCCAGUCUCCCCUCCAGGGAAUGCUGCUACUGCAUGACAAUCCUUCAAAAGCAAUGGUCCUUGUCUGGUGGUAAUGUUACUGUUAUCAGUGUUACAGUAGCAUGCAGAGGCCUUGGUAGAGAUCAACACCUUCCUGUGGCAGCAACUCUGAAAGUAUGUAUUAAGAGAAUCUCUGUUCCACAACUGCAGAAAAUGUACAAAGUACCAAAGCAGAAACAAAAAGCACAGACAUGCAAAUGAGUUCCUGCCUCUCAACUAAGCCAUGGUAACUCAAGAUUACGCUUGUCAAUUUAAACUCUUUCAUCGGGGAUUAAAUUAAUGCAUUUUAUCUCACAUUUGCUAAAUCUGGGGACAUGCCUGGCUGAGGUUCACCAGUUCAUUUACUUCACUAAACUCUGGAAGGUGAUGUAUUUCACCUAAUACUGCCCUUUAGAGAAGAGCAGACCCAAGAACAGAGGGUGAAUUUCCCAGUUGUUAGUCCAAUGACUUCUGUGUUUGUUAGACUGUGACCAAAGUUACCUUAUAAUCCAAUACGCAGGAUUCCUCUGGGACUUAGCAGUCAUUCUACCUCCUCUGGUCUGCUCUGCUCAUCUAACACAUGAGGUGCAGUACAAGUUCCCAGUGUUACUGUGAAGAAAAAGUACAGAUUCAGACAAAUACUUUUACUAAAGCAUUUAGAGUUCAUUUCUGAGAUAGUUUCAGUGACUUAAACAUAUAAGCUCUGUUAAAAGCCGAAGGGAUGACAGCCUCCAACUCAUUUCAUACUACUUUAACCAUGUUUUAUUGCUUAUAGAUGCAGUGCUGUGCUUUGUAGGAUCUUUAAAGUUACCAUGGUGCCCAAAUCCAUUCAAAUAUGGUUCUUAUUCCUUUGUGCUCCUAACUCACAUACAGGAAUUCCCACUCAUAAUAUUGGUGGGUAUACUCAUAAAUUUUCAAGCCCUUUAAUGAAGAUUUGAAACUUGUCAGUCAAGUUUGGAGGAGUACAGAAGCAGAUUUAAACAAGCUUCAUAUUAAUUUGAGUUGCACAUUAGACAUUUUUAAUUAUGUCAUGUUAUUAAAGAUAUUUUAAUAGCC